CUCGCAAAAGGUUUGGGAAAGCAUCGCUGCCACCCUGGCCUCAUAUAAGGCGGAGGCGGCCGGGAACUCGGAUGCGCACACACCCCGCUCAAAAUGAAGGGCUGGUCGCUGGACCCUGCUGGACCCUGUCUGCCGCCGUCACCCCUGCUACUGCAGCUGCUGUUACUGCUGGUGCCCCCGCUGCAUGGGGCAGGGGCAGGGCAUCUUGAGGCGGGGGGACCCGGUCCUGCUGCAGAGCUGGCCCCAGCCCCAGGCAAGGGCCAAGCUGCAGAACAAGGGGCUGGAGGCCGAAGUGCCUCUGAGGGAGCCUGGCCAGAGCGACCUGCUGCGAUUGCUUCCCCCAAGGCAGGAGGAGGUGGCGGGCCUUCCUCCUCUUCCUCCUCCUCCUCCACUGUUGAAGAGACCCCGCAUGGGACCCGGCUUUCCGCGAUCUCACCUGAGCCUGGACCUCCCAUCUCAGGCCACGGGGCCGGACGGGGCGCCCACCCUUGGGCCAUGGGUGGCCUGAGAGGACCAGUGUGCCGGGUGAGGGUGGGAGGAGCCAACGGUGACCAUUUGGAGGUGGUGGGAUCUCUGAGCAGCUAUGAAAGUGGCUUUCUGGAGGAGGUGAGGCAGGCCCAAUGGGGCUCGCGAGCCCAGGCCACCUUUGGGAUCUGCCCCCCGGGAGAUACGGGGGUGGUUCUCUCCCUGCAGCAGCUGGGAGCCUGGCUGGUAGAGCCAGGUGGGCACCACCUCGUGGUCCUUCAUCUGGAGGAAGUGAUGUGGCGGCAGGAGCCGGAGCUGAGGUUCCAGGAGCCGCGUGGAGCAGGUGGCCCCGAUCUGCUGCUGGGCAGCCUGGACCUGGCGCUUCUGGUCUUCUACCCAGGCCAAGGGAGGGAGCAGGAGUUUACGGUGGCUGGUGAUGGGCUGCAGCACGAGCAGAACCUCUGUCUCUCACAGAACACCCGCUACCUAGUCCUUGGCAUGGAAGGAACUACCAGGGCCUGGCUGCCCCGCCUGCGGCUCUCCCUGGCCUUUUGGCCUCGUGGCGGUCACGGGUCCCUUUCCCCGCUGGAGCUCCAGACCCUGCUCUUUGGCCCCGACGACAAGUGCUUCACCCGGAUGACCCCCGUGUUGCUUCUGCUGCGGCAGCGGGGACGUCGAGGGGAGGCCCAGGCCCUGCCCGCCCGGGGGCAGCUGGAUGUGGCGCCUUACCCCGUCCCAAGGCCACCUACAGAGCUCCACGAGGCAGCUGCCACUCCCACGCCCUCUCCCGACUCCAACCACUUCCUGGAGGCCCUGACCCACCUGGUGCGGGGUGCCCUGGCCUUCCCAGCUCCCUUGCCUGGCCUGGCCCGCCUGCGGCUCGACUUGGACCCCUUAGCCCUGGAGGGGCUCCCGCAGCGGUUCUUCAACUUCUCGGAGCCGGCCAUGCUGGAGCAGCUGGUGGAGUCAGAGGAGCCCCUCCUCCUGCAUUUCCCUGCCGGCAGCCGGGCCCUGCUGGAGGGCCAGGCUGGGCAUUGGCGGCCCGAGGAGGGGCUGGCCCGACGCCUCGCAGCCAAGCUUCAGGGAGUGGCAGCCGAGCUGCUGGGGCUCCCUGCGCUGCAGCCCCAAGCCGAGCUCCUCCAGCGCCUGCUGGAUUUCUGCCAAGGGGUCAGCAACGGCACUGGAAGAGGUGGGGGCGGUGGGGACAACCGCACCAGCGCCCCGGACCCGCCCCCGCAACUGCACGCCCUGCUCCUGCUCAAGGCCCUGCAGAGUCUGCGGGCCGAGUGGCAGGAGCGGCGCAAGGUGUCACGGGCCCAGCGCAGUGCCGAGAGCGAGGGCCUAUGCCGGCUGCAGGAGCUGAGCGUGGACCUGCGCUCGGAGCACUCGGUGCUCAUCCCCGAAACCUACAUGGCCAACAACUGCCAGGGCCGGUGCAGCUGGCCCCAGUCCGACCGCAACCCCAACUACAACAACCACGUCGUGCUGCUGCUCAAGAUGCAGGCCCGGGGGGUGGUCCUGACCCGGGAGCCCUGCUGCGUGCCCACCAGCUACGCCGAGAAGACACUCAUAAGCCUCUCGGAUGGCGCCCUGAGCGCCCGCCUCAUGCCCAACAUGGUGGUUGUGGCCUGUGGCUGCCGCUGAGGCCACUCGCCUGAGGGCCCCCUCCUCUCUGGCUCCCCUGGCCGAGCAGCUGCUUGCACUUGUCCGCUUGCUCUCCGGUUCCCUGGCCCUGGUUGUUCCUCCUCUGGGGGUUCCCCCGGUUGGCUGUCUGGCUCAUGCUAGCAGCCUGCCCCUCCGCGGGGCCACCUGAGCAGGGGAAAGCGGGGAGGGCAGGGGCUUUCUUGGCUGUACUUGUAUGGAUGAAUGGGGCCUGACGCUGGGCUCGAUGGAGGAGGAGGUUGAAGCGCCCCGACUGGGCAAACACCCGGGAGCAAGUUCAGCUUUCGAGAGGCCGACUCCCUCCCCUUCACCAGCUCCAGGCCCAGCUUUGCUUCCGCUACUGGUAUUUACUCCUCUUGUAACAGAGUUGUUCUUCCUCAAUAAAGAACAGCCUCCGUGCAGUACCUUCAA